AUGAGCUACGCUAUAAUGAGCCAGAGGGGCGGCGAAACCCAUCUCGUCACCUAUCGAACCGUCCGGCCUGCAAAUAUUGUCUAUUUUGACGGAAUGUCUGCCUCGUGGGGACCUGGUUGGCUCGACUCGCAAGAAAUGUUCAUUUAUGGGGUAAACCCUGCUCAAGGGAAGAAUUCCAAGUGGUGGGAUGACUACGGGCGGGCCGACAAACUUUGCUCCUGGGCGGAACCACGGGACAUCGAUGGUAUUGUGCGGAUGAACGCUGGUUUCGAGAUAAUAUGGUGCGACUUUAACUCGUCAAAACUCCAGCUGGUCUCCCAUUUGAAUAUUACUCCACCGGGAACCCCAUUGACACAACGAACCUGGUUUCCUCGUUUCCCAGAUGAUCUACCAUCGACGCCUGGAUACCCGCCACAAAGAAGACCCCCUCGACGUCCUCGGAUUUCGCAACUAGCUGAAACGGGGCAAAUCGAAUGGGUGCGAGCAGCAUCCCAUCGCGCCUUUUCGCCACAGCCUCAUCUUACACUACUCCCAUCAGGAAUGGUCUCGUACUAUCACCCUCGUCUCACCAGCCUCGUUGAAGACCGCAUCAAUCGGUCUAUGAACGCUCAUAGAUUGGCCAACAUCUCCUCCAGCGAUGCAGUCGAUGUCGUUCAUGAAAUCAAUGCUGUCCUGGCACGCUUCAAAGCAGGCGUUAUGGGUAGCGGAAUGAACUGGAUUGGAACUUCACUGGAUAUAAUCGAACAGUGGGGAGACCGAAUCUCUCAUAUGCACGCGCUUCUGCUCAACAUGUCAGACCCGAGCACUGAUGCAACAGCCUCACUCCCGACCAUCCGCGCACUGUCGUAUACCCCACUUAAUCCAUAUAUGCAGCCAGGGCUGACGCCGAACGCAUCUGCCUGGGAUCUGUUUUUCGGAAUGUCGCCAAAUGUGCCUCACGGUAACGUGACCGCGUUUGAACGUUGCACUACCCAAACGACGGGAUUCUUGACUGCAUCCCAACGAACGUCUCAAGAGGAUCUACUGCAAGAAUCGAUAGAGACCGUUCUGAGUCGACUUUGUUCCGAUGUUGGCACCAUAUUUGUCGAAAGCUCCGACCUUGUCCAGGGAACUUCGAAAUCCACCCUUGCGAUUUCCGUCCACCAUUGGCGAGUGCGAAUAGAGAAGCUCAUGAAAUGGCUUGAUUGGAGUGUCUGGUUGAGAUGCGACCAGCACGUUUGUUCCACUCCGUUGUGGCCGAUUGCGUGGGUAUUCAGGCGUCCUGGGGAACCAAACCGUGACGAGGAGGAGGAGUUGAAGCCGCGAUGCAUUCGAAUGGCUGUUUGA